AUGGCGGACAGCGACAGCGGGGACUGGGGACCGAAGUCAAACGAAUGCAUAGAACGAGUUGACGCGAAGUUUAAGUGUCACGACUUAUCUUCACGACAAUGGCCGCCGAUUGUGAUUUAUUGGGAUGUUACUUCAGACAUUGAUAAUAUAAGUGUCCACCAUAUGGACAUAUACACCGGCCACUGUCCAGAGUACAAGUAUCGUAUUGGCGACACAUAUGGCUCGACAACACACAAAAUAUUACUCGAUCCCAGCGUUAAUCACAGCGAAAGAUUAGUUCUGUCUGAUAGGACUGCUGACGAUUUUCAGAUAUACCGUCCACCGCAAACUGACAUUGAUGUCGUGAACGCACGGUUCCGCAAUGGCGACCCCGUAUACAAGCAUCCUAUGAUACCAGGAUAUGAAGGUUUCUUACCUCGAUUGAAUGCUCACUUUGGUCAGCGGUACACUGUCUCUGCGACCGAGGCGCUAUCAGAAUUUCAAAAAUCACAGCUUAACAGCAGAGCCGCUAGGAACCAAUUAGAAAGGGUGGUUGAUCUACAAAUCGGAAAAGGACAACCAUGGGACCUUUUGGAUAGAUUCUCUGCUACAGCCGAAUUCAAAUUGCCGUUAGUGGUUGUGAGGCCAGAAUGUGCUGGAAUUUUAAGGGACUUGCCAAUGGAUGAACCGAAACUAGCACCACCCACACAUUCCACCAGCCCUUACUUUAUGGAAAAUAGCCAUCCAGAUAAAUAUAUUGUAAAAGGUUAUUCCGGUCAUGUGCCAUACGGAUUCCAAAGAUUUGGGGAGUCUUCAAAGAAACUUACAAAUUCUGCACUUUGCGACUUUUCGUCCAACUACAGACGAAGGCAAAGUACAGAGUGGGCUCCUGUUAAUGUAGUGAAGUAA